GUAUGGGGGCCCAUGCGGUGGAUCCGGCUGUGAGUGUGAGCGGGCGUGUAUCUCUAGGUGAGGCCGGGCACAUGCGCAGUGGAGCGCCGCUAGGCCGGAGCACUCAUUGGCGGCACGGUGCGCUGCUGUCUGUCACAUGACCGGCUGAGCUGCCCCCGACACCCGGACGUCUAGUGUCCGCGCCCCUGGUAACCGCUCAGCUUCACCCCGACAAGAGGAGGAGGAUGGCUUCUACCGGCGGCCGCCCGUCACCUGGGGGGCGAGGUACCGGCACAUCCCCCUGGAACACAGCUGCCUCGAAGAAGCCCAGCAAGAAGUCCUCCCCUCAGUGCCCCCCAAGCCUGCAGGAAGUGAAGAAGAUAGGCCACCGGACCAGGAAGACCCCAGAGAGCGAGAUUUGUGAACAACUGGAGGGAUUGCAUCUAGAUAGACAGUCGCCAGUGGAAGGAACAGGACUGGUAUAUGAUGACCGGAUGACAGAAUCCUACUGCCUGUGGGAUGACAAGUUCCCCGAGUCGCCCUCUCGUAUUCUGGCCGUGAAGGAGAAGCUGGCUGAGUACGGGCUGCUGGAUCGCUGUGUCCCGGUGUCGGCCAGAAAUGCUUCUGAGGAAGAAGUCAGGCUGGUUCACAGUCCUGAGUUUGUGGAGCUGAUGAGAUCCACACAGGAUAUGACGGAGGAGGAGCUCAGGUCGCUGUCCGAUCGAUAUGAUUCCGUCUUCCUGCACCCCAUGUUGUUCACCACUUCCUGUCUGGCCACGGGGUCUGUGCUACAGCUAGUCGAUAAGGUUUUGAGAGGGGAAAUCCGCAAUGGCCUGGCAGUGGUAAGGCCACCUGGACACCACGCUCACACCGACCAGAUGAACGGUUACUGCAUGUUUAACCACCUGGCUAUCGCCGCCAGAUACGCACAGCGCAUACAUGGCGUGAAACGGGUGCUCAUCGUAGACUGGGACGUACACCAUGGGCAGGGAACACAGUUUAUAUUUGAACAUGACCCAAGCGUUCUAUAUUUUUCUAUUCACCGUUAUGAAAAUGGACAGUUUUGGCCCCAUCUUGUAGAUUCUUCCAGCACAGCUGUGGGAAAGGAGCGUGGUGAACGAUAUAAUAUAAAUGUGCCAUGGAAUAAGACAGGAAUGAAUGAUGCGGAUUAUAUUACAGCAUUCCUCCAUCUUCUCCUACCGGUCUCCUAUGAGUUCCAGCCGCAGCUUGUAUUAGUAGCAGCUGGAUUUGACUCGGUGGUGGGAGAUCCAAAGGGAGAGAUGUCUGCUACCCCAGCAUGCUUUGCUCAUCUCACGCACUUGCUGAUGUCAUUGGCGGAAGGAAGACUCCUGCUGUCGCUGGAGGGAGGGUACAACAUGCGCUCGCUGGCAGAAGGCGUCUGUACAUCCCUGAAAAUUCUCCUGGGAGACCCAUGUCCAAACCUGCACCAGCCUUUUGCCCCGUGUGAGAGUGCCCUCGAUUCUAUCUCUAGCGCCAUCUCCAUCCACAGGAAGUUCUGGAGAAGUCUGCAGGACCAGCAUUUCACGUUAAGCCGUGAGCUUGUAGAGAAGGUUCGGACCCCGCAGGAAAGCAGCGAUGCUUUACACCCAAAGGAGUUCGGAGAAGAGCGUGUGCGGGUCAUACUGGACACUGUGAUGCAGGAGGUGAUGAGGGAGGUCCCGGCGCAGCGCACUGGUCUGGUGUACGACGAGCAGAUGAUGAAUCAUUACAACAUGUGGGACAGCGGCCACCCAGAGGUCCCACAAAGAAUUGCUCGGAUAUUCCAGCGGCAUAAGGAGAUGGGGCUAUUGGAACGUUGUACUCGUCUUCCCCACCUCCUGGCAACUAGAGAGGAGCUACAGUUGUGUCAUAGUCUCCCCUACAUUAAGAAGAUUGAGGAAUGCACCCGUAUGAAACAGAGGGAACUGCACAGGCUGGGCUCGGAGUAUAACUCUAUUUACAUCAACAACAAGUCCUAUAGCAGCGCCUGCCUGGCCGUGGGCUCCACGUUUAGUGUGGUAGAGGCCGUAGUCAAGGGAAAGGUACAAAAUGGAGUUUGUAUCGUUCGGCCGCCAGGUCACCACGCAGAGCAAGAUGCGGCCUGUGGUUUUUGCUUUUUUAACAACGUAGCGCUGGCUGCGCGUUAUGCCCAAAGCCUGCAGAACUCCUCGGAACCUCGGUUAAGGGUGAUGAUUUUGGAUUGGGACGUCCAUCACGGCAAUGGAACUCAACAUAUAUUCCAAGAAGACCCCAGCGUGCUGUACGUGUCCAUCCAUCGCUACGACAACGGGCUCUUCUUCCCGUCUUCAGAAGACGCCGCACAUGACAAAGUUGGCAGCGGCUUAGGGGAGGGAUUCAAUGUGAACAUCCCCUGGAAUGGGGGCAAGAUGGGGGAUGUGGAGUACCUGCUGGCCUUUCACAGGAUAGUGAUGCCUAUUGCUUAUGAGUUUAACCCGCAGUUGGUUCUGGUCUCUGCUGGCUUUGACGCUGCUCAAGGAGACCCCCUUGGCGGCUGCCGCGUUAGUCCAGAAGGCUACGCCCACAUGACGCACCUGCUGAUGGGCCUGGCAGGGGGUAAGGUGGUGCUAGUGCUUGAGGGUGGCUACAAUCUGACCGCCAUCGCUGAGUCCAUGUCUAUGUGCACCCGGGCACUGCUGGGAGACCCCCUUCCCUUCCUAGCGGACUUGCACGCUCCUCGCCCCUCAGCCCUACGUACCAUCGCCAACGUGCUAGGCGUGCAGCACCGAUAUUGGCAUAGCCUGAGGAUAAAAGCUGGACCUCCAGCACAUUCCGAGGCAGCAAAGGAAGCCUCUCCACUGAGGAUGUCGCAUGAUGACAGUGGGUUUCAGGAGGGGGCUUCACCUGCACCCCAGCUCACAAGUGUCUCUUCUGGAGAGAAAGUCGUUUGCACUCAGUCCCCCCCAAAAAUAGAUUUUAGAGAGCCAGAAGCUAAGCAGGAUAAUUGGACUCUGCUGAUACCUGAUUCUGGAGAACUGGAGCAAAGUCCAUCGACUCUCACCGUGAGGGAUGACACUUCAGAUGAUAGCUCCCCCAGAGAGGAGACAUCCAUAAUACCGUCUGCAGAAGAAAGUAUGGAAGACCCAUCAUCGGGGAACACGGAGUCCAGUGAGAACGUGGUUGAGCUUUCUCCACAGAGAACUGUUCUAGGUGAAGACAGGACAGCCGAACAUAGACUGGAUCAGCAGCUCCCAGACGAGAGAACCGUCGUCAGUCUCUAUCCACAUAAACUGGAAAACAAGGAUGAGUUAGUUGUUGGGGGAUCUUCUGUGGACCAAACCUCACAAAACAACCAAGUCAAUAAAGGAGACUCACUGGAAUUAGUGAUUGAGCUUCAGGUUUCGGGAAAAAGCCCAGAGAAGCAACUGACCAAGCUCAGGGUGGAGAGCUCGGUGGAGGAACUUCUCAGAGACUUGACGUUGGGAGAUAGCUAUAAGAGCUUGGACUGCAGCGCAUCUGACAGCCAGCCCGUAGGUGGAGCAAGGAAGAAAAUGUAUACCCCGCUCGGAACAAAGACUAAGGGUAUAGGAGGAGUGACUUCCGAACAGCUGUUAGAAGCUGCCGCUGGCAGUCGGACGUCACAUCAGCAGAUGGACCCGGACACGUCACUGGAUUUCUCUGGAGAGUUAUUUACUGUAACACCUCUGCCCUGGUGUCCUCACUUGGAUUCGGUGUGUGAGCUGCCCUCUAGUGGUAUCGAUGUGACACAGCCGUGCGCAGAGUGCGGUACAUGUGUGGAGAACUGGAUCUGUCUCACAUGCUACCAGGUUCUGUGCGGGAGGUACGUCUCUCAGCAUAUGAUGUGUCACGGCGUCUCAUGCGGACAUAAUCUUGUGCUCAGCUUCUCGGACCUCUCGUCUUGGUGUUACAGCUGUGACGCUUACGUCCAUAACGAGGUUCUGACUCCAGCAAAACAGUCCGCCUACUACUCCAAGUUCGGUGAGGAAAUGCCUGGAGCCUGAACAUCUCGGCUGGUGGCCUCGCAGGCCUCUACAGUGCAGAGGAUCCUUGUCAUGAUAACAGCGCAGAGGUCCCCACCGCUGGAGAUGUCUCUGUAACACAGGCCUGGCCAACCCGUGGCUCUCCAGCUGUUGUGAAACUACCAAGUCCCAGCAUGCCAUGCCACAGUUUUGCCAUUAGGGAAUGCAAAAACUGUGGCGGGGCAUGCUGGGAUGUGUAGUUUUACAACAGCUGGAGAGCCACAGGUUGGCCAAGCCUGCAACAGAUCUGUGGGAUUCUUGCUUUUAUAUAGGAAUGGUGUAUAUUGUAUAUAAAUGAUAGCAGCAAUGGAUUAAUUCACAGCAUACUAUAUAUCGCUCUCAUUGACUCGUGCACUUACCUGUGCAUAUGAAAUGGUGUAUUGCUCUGCCCUUGUUUGUCUCGGCUACCGUCCAAUCACUGCCCUGGCAAUUGGGCGCUCAUCCGGGUAAAUUGGGAUUGCAGCACUUGACCACAAGCUCUUUUUAUAGAAUCCCUUUCCCCCACCCCCUCAUCUCUCUCUAACCAUUAUUUAAAUGUUUUAUUACCGUCUGACGUGUAUUUCGUACAGGCUGAUGCUCCUGCGCUUGGUUACUUUGAUGUGAUUAUUGCUACACGGUCUGCCGCUUCGGUUGGUGUGUGAGGGGUCAGCGCGCUGUCAGGUGCGGCCAGGUUAUAUGUGACUAACGCCUGAGUGUAGAUUACAUGCUGCUCAACAAGCGUCACUCGCCAAAGUCAACUAAGUCAUUGUACGACACAAGUGUAGAGAAGAGGAGGGGGGAGAGUAGAUCUCUGUCCCGGCGAAUCAGAAAGAGAGAACGGUGCUAGAUUGUGCAGAGAGGACCAAAAUCGUAGGUGGUGGAUGUUAUUUUGGUGUCUGUACCGACGGGUCUAAUAUGUUACGGGAAUUCAGGGGGUUGAACUGCGUGCGCCACCUGUGCUCCGUGGAAACGUUCAUUUCUAUGAACUGAUCCAAUGUUCAUGAGAACGCAGUGUUCUCCCCACCAGAUAUUCUUUUCCAGAUGUGUGCCAUUAUGAAGUAGCUGAGGUUAGGUGGAAUGGUGAGCACUCGGGAGGUAUGUAGCAGCACAUAAUGCCCUUCCCCCGCAAUUCACUCACUGUUUGGCAGGCUGCGGGUAGGAGUGGGGGUGACUUACUGUGCCCUCUGUUGGCUGGCGCUUAUUGUGCCCCAGAAUACUCUUGUAUAUAUUCGUCCGCCCUUAGGUGCUAUGACUUUGUAGUUGUCAGCUGAAAAUGUAACAGGAUGUUUUUCCUAACCAGACUUCCUGCCUGUACCAGUCGAGAGUGAUUCUGCAAGGAGUCCAGAAUGGGCAAUAGUACGUAAUAAUAAUGCAUAAUAAAGACAGGGUUCCGUCUCCGUCUUCAGCAUUUCCAUUUAUGGAAACAUUUUAUGUGUGACCACUGCGAGCAUUUUUUUUGAAUAUGAAAUGUAUUGGCACGCUUAAUACCGUUCACUCUAAAUGGGGCUUCCCAAUUUUUUUUAAUCCUUAUCCAAUAAUAGUAUGCCGGAGUGGGGUUGUACCUUAAGUCCCGCUCCCUAGGAGCACUGAAGGAGAAUGUCACAGAGUCCCUGAUGUAUGUAAGGGCCAGGAUCCUACUAAACACAUUUGAUGGAUGACGUCCUAGGGAAGCACCAAAAUGCUGUUAUUUGAAAUUGUUUUUAACUCAAGUCGCACUUGUACAUACUUUUAUGAAAUGACUUUGUUGCUCUUGUGGUUUGGAACCUUUUAUUAUUAGUAGUAUUAUUAUUAUUAUUUGUAAAGCUAUUGAUAGUUUGAAUAAUUUUGUUGCAGAGGGAAAUUGUUUUCUGGGCAGAAAAUUAUUUUAUUUGUGGCGCUGCACAAUCUAUACAUCGCAACAACAUGGAAACUCCUAGCUCUGGCACCAGCCCUUAGCUAGUUCGAAGGUGGGUUAUAGGAGAUAUUAGGGAGUAUGUAUAGGUUAAGGGGGGGGGGGGGGUGUUGGGGAGCAAGGAGUGACCAAGGUGAGGAUGUUUGAAAGAUCGGUCUGCUGGUAAUGCCAAAGUAAUGUUUCUUCGUCUGAUGAAGUUGUUUCCACACGAAACGCGUCAUAGACACUGCUUUGUACCUUUAUCAUUACAACAUCCUCAUCUUUAUCAUGAGUUAAGAGAUUGCAGGACUCUUGGGUCUUCUCCAUGCCUUUUCUCUUCCUUAGGUAGUGUCAUUUAUUACUACAGACACACACACACGCGUGCCCACGCACGUCCUUUGAUUCUGCAACUCUAAGGGCUACUUGCAAAAAAAUGACUUCUAGCAAAUUUAGGACUUGCACGUGCUGGAAAUGACCUUUAUGGCGUAACAGAAUAAAGCAAAGCCUCCCCACCCCACGGGCUGCGCUUGGUGCGUCCGACAUUUUAGUCAGGAAAUAUCUUUAUUAAAGAACCUAAUUAAAUAUAUGACUUGGAUAUAAUUUGACAGUAUUCAAUAAAUAUACUUUAAUCAUUAAACAAUGUUAAUGACUAUGUUACAAAGCGUCCACUUUAAUAAUACUUUUAGUUCUAAGACAUCUUUUAUUAAUCUUUACGCAAGUAUACUUUAUAUAAAUUGCCAAUGUAGCAAUAUCUUUUUAGGAAAAUAACUUGUGUCCUUAAAUUAUCACCUUAAUAUAUUUAUUUAAUAAAAAAAAUAAAGGACUAAGGGGGAUAUUCAAUUAACCGGACAUGCUGUCGGGUGUAAUGUAUCACCGGGGGGGGCUAUCUAAUUAGCCCCGAUAAACCGGCGCGUGCCGUGGCUUUGCGGGGAUUGCAUGUGAAGCAAAAUCCCCGAUAACAGCCCCAUUUUCAUCUGAAAAUGGGGCUAUUUCACCCGUAAACACACAGGUUACUGUGUGUUUUCGGGUAAAAAAAGCACUUUUUUACCAUCCGAUGAAAUUAAAAAGCCCAAACGCAAAACACGAAGAAGCAGCGGGGGUUUUUACUCCCGAUGUCUUUUCGGGGGUAAUUGAAUAUCCCUCAUUAACUGUUCCAUACAAUCAGCCAACCAGCUUGUGUCAUUGAUGGCGCAGGCAGCAGAAGUAACUGCGACGUCCCGGCCUCUGGGCCACAGGUCUAGGUCUCAUCACAGACAGGUACUUAUUGUAUGUGGCUCCUUCUCUAUAAAUAAAAUCCAUUUGUUU